AUAAAGCGCUUACCACGGACGUCUCUAAGCGCUAUUGACUGAAAGCAUCGCCAGGAUGUUUCAUAACUGAGUUCAAAGACAGCUCAAUUCUACUGCUUCUCUGCCAGACCAUAAGACUCGCAGACAAACUUAGUCACAAACCAGUUGGUUAGGAUUAACACUUCGACGCAGACGAUGGCCACUUACCGCCUCCUCGUAUUUAUCACACUGUGCAGUGUUUCUGCACUUGCUCAGGAAUUCGUGUAUCCCAACGUCUUCAACGAUCCCGAGAGAGAUGCUUUCCUCUACGGGACGUUCCCCGACGACUUCGCCUGGAGUUCGGCAACCUCGUCAUACCAGAUUGAAGGGGCGUGGGAUGGUGAAGGCAAGGGGGAAAGCAUCUGGGAUACUUUUACCCAUGAAGGGGGACACGUUUACAACAACGAUACCGGUGAUGUUGCUUGUGACAGCUACAAUAAGUAUGGUGAAGAUGUAGCCUUGAUGAAGGCCAUGGGACUGAAGUAUUACCGAUUUUCCAUCGCUUGGGCACGGAUCCUGCCAGACGGCACCAUCGACAACAUCAACGAGCCCGGCAUCACGUAUUACAACAACGUGAUCGACGAACUCACGGAGGCCGGCAUCGCUCCCAUGGUCACCCUCUACCACUGGGACUUGCCACAGGCUCUCCAGGAUGUCGGAGGCUGGGACAACGAAACCAUAGUCCAACAUUUCAAUGACUAUGCGGACCUUUGCUUCAAGAGGUUCGGCAACCGGGUCAAGUUCUGGAUAACAUUCAACGAGCCAUGGAUUGUAUCUCUCUUGGGUUAUGGUACCGGUGCGUUCGCCCCUGGUAUCGCUGAGAUCGGCACUACAGUUUACAGGACUACCCAUAACAUCAUCAAGUCACACGCCUGGGCGUAUCACACCUACAAUGAUACAUACAGAGCUACACAGAUGGGACAAGUUGGCAUCACUCUGAAUUCCGACUUUGUUGAACCUUGGGACAGGACCAAUGCAUCCAGUGUCGAAGCCCAUGAUCGGCAGCUUAACUUCAAUCUUGGCUGGUUCGCCCAUGCUAUCUACAAAAAUGGAGACUAUCCCGAGGUCAUGAAGUCAAAGAUCGCAGCCAAGAGCACCGCUCAGGGUUUCAACCAGUCCCGGUUGCCCGAGUUCACUGAUGAAGAGAAGACCAUGAUCAAAGGCACCGGUGAUUUCUUUGGGCUGAACCACUACACGUCCAACUACGCCAUCGCAGUACCGGAGUACCUUGCGAACCCGCCAAGUUAUUGGACAGACUCCGAUGUCGGGUCAUGGCAAGAUGAAGCCUGGCCCGGGUCCGGCUCUGAAUGGCUGAAAAUAGUCCCAUGGGGCAUCCGUCGCUUGGUGAAAUGGGUCCACGACGAAUACCGCGUGCCCAUCUACGUCACAGAAAACGGGGUCUCGACCCACGAUGUCUACGAGUUAGACGAUAAAAUAAGACAGGAUUACUACCGAGCCUACAUCAAUGAGCUCCUGAAAGCUGUUGUAUUGGAUGGGUCUGACGUAAGAGGUUAUACUGCGUGGUCGCUACUUGACAACUUCGAGUGGGGCGCCGGCUACAGUGAGCGUUUUGGCAUGCACUACGUAAACUUCUCCGACCCCGCUCGUCCAAGAGAGGCCAAGACGUCGGCUACCAUGUAUGCCGAGAUAAUUUCCAACAAUGGAUUUCUUCCGGAGAACCUGAUUACGUCUCCGAGUCCGACGACGUCAGGAGCCACCUCGACUACGAAUGGGUCGAUCAUUGCCGUGAUCAUCGUCGCCGCCGUUUUCGUUAGCGCUUUCGAUAUGCUCACCAAAACAACAAAGAUUCAACGCCUUUGUCUGGACAAAUCUUCUAGAGGGUUGUCCUUCAGAUUUACCAAGGGCAUCGCUCAAAUGCACAGAAAAAAAACGUUAGUUGAAACCAAAAUGAAAAUGUUAAUCACUCUUGUGUCGUUGAUCGUCUUCGUCAACGUUGGCGACGUGCGCUCGGUCGACGAUCCUGAAUUUGUCUUCCCCGAUGUUUUCAACGAUCCUGAGAGAGAUGCUUUCCUCUACGGGACGUUCCCCGACGACUUCGCCUGGAGUUCUGCGACGUCGUCCUACCAGAUCGAGGGAGGUUGGAACGCAGAUGGAAAGGGAGAGAGUAUUUGGGAUACUUUUACGCAUGAAGGUGGUCACGUGCAGAACAAUGAUACGGGGGAUGUUGCCUGCGACAGCUACAACAAAUACCAAGAUGACAUCGACACCAUGAAAGACAUGGGCCUCAACGCUUACCGUUUCUCCAUAUCCUGGCCCCGGGUUCUCCCCGACGGCACCAUCGACAACAUCAACGAAGCCGGCAUCAAGUAUUACAGCGACGUCAUCGACGCCCUAAUCUUAGCUGAAAUCACCCCCAUGGUCACCCUGUAUCACUGGGACCUACCACAGGCUCUCAUGGACGACGGGGGCUGGGAUAACGAGACUAUCAUCGAUCCCUUCAAUGACUACGCCAACCUUUGCUUUGAGAGGUUCGGCAACCGCGUCAAACUGUGGAUCACGUUUAAUGAGCCAUGGGUGGUGACGUUGCUAGGAUACGGUACUGGAGAACACGCCCCUGGCAUCGAAGAGAUAGGAACCACGGUCUAUACAACCAGUCACAAUAUCAUCAAGGCGCAUGCCAAGGCCUGGCAUACAUACGAUGAUAAUUGGAGACAAAGUCAAGCCGGACAAAUAGGAAUCACGUUGAAUUCCAACUUCGUCGAACCUAUCGACCGUGACGACGCAUCUAGCGUGGAAGCAGCUGAUCGUAGCCUGCAGUUCAACCUUGGCUGGUACGCUCAUCCUAUCUUCAUCAAUGGAGAUUAUCCCGAGGUCAUGAAGGACAGGAUUGGACAGAAGAGUAUGGCCCAAGGGUUCAACGAGUCCAGGCUGCCAGAGUUCACCGACGAGGAAAAGGCGUACAUCAAUGGCACGAGUGAUUUCUUCGGGUUGAACCACUACACGUCCAACUACGCCUGGGAUCUUGGAUUGAACUUGAACACUGACCCAAGCUAUUGGGCCGACUCUGAUGUGGGCAGCAUGCAGGAUGAUGCAUGGCCCACCUCGGCCUCGAGCUGGCUGCGGGUGGUGCCGUGGGGUAUCCGAAGACUCCUGGCGUGGAUCAAGAAGGAGUACGGUGACCUGCCCGUGUAUGUGACGGAGAAUGGUUACUCGGACGAAGAUGUACGUGAGCUUGAUGACGUCAUGAGACAAAAGUAUUACACAUCCUACAUCAAUGAAGUUCUUAAAGCCAUUGAGGUGGACGAAGUUGACGUGAAGGGAUACACGGCGUGGUCACUUCUCGACAACUUCGAAUGGGCAGAGGGCUACACUGAACGUUUCGGGAUGGUCUACAUCGACUUCAGCGACGAGGAUCGAAUUCGGGUACCCAAGAUCUCAACCGAAGUCUACGCUGAGAUCGUGGCCAAUCACGGCUUCAUAAAGGGCAUGACGACGAUGCCCACCACGAUGAUGACGACGGGAAUGGCGAAUGCCCCGAAGGCGCUCAGUGUGUUUUUGACAAGCUUUAUCACUCUUGGUGCAUACAUUCUUUUCCGUUAGGUACAGUACAAUAUGGUUGAGCAAGCUUUUUUUUAUCCUGAAGGGAGGAACAAAAGCGUCUGAUAAUUCGGACUCUAUAAAAAAAUCCUAGUGAAGGCAUUUGACCUAGUUAGCGCCUGCUUGCACCCAUUCUAUGAGCUUCUGUACAAAAGUCUAUAAUUUGUUCUUUAUUUUUUAGAGUCGGACAAGCGUGUUUUCUCCAAUCAAUAAACUGUAUUACAAGAUUUUGUUCAUGACCCCCAUCCCCUUCCACACAAAGAGAGAACGAGUUAAGAGGAAAAGAAUCGUUCAUGUUGCUAAUACGUAUAGUUACGAGUUUAGUUGGUUGCUUAAAUUAUUCAGUUUACGGUUAUGGAUUAGAAGAAGAAAUGAUCUUCCAUGAUAAUUUAAUUGCUGUUAGUUUCCCCUCCCCCCCCCCCCCGAGGGCCAGGAGCUCGAUUUUACAAAUUUAGGUGUAGGGCCUUCUUUUUUCUAAAAUGAUGAACAAAUCUUCCGAUUCAUCAGAAGCCCUAUUAUAGUUUUAGAACUGCAAGACCUCUGGAUUAACAAGUUAAUAAGUUUUUAAGAUUCGACACCCUCUAUAUUCCGGCAAUGAAUGUAGAAUUUUCAUUAAUGUCGAAACAUCAGCAGACGCCGUAUGGAUGACGAGUCGACCGUAAACAAUCCACCUACCUACGAUUGUUGAAGUAAAGGAGAUAAAAUCUAGGGGGUAGAUGAAGCUGAAGAAUCAUACUGAAAAUAAAAGAUUUGAUCUAAAAUAUAUUGGGAUACGUGACAACGUUUUCGUCCUAGUAUGCAAAAGUUAUGUAAGAGAAAUUUAACAUUUUAAAUUUUCAUUUUUUCAUUGUUUCAUCACAUCUGUUUAGUUUCUUUAUGCGCUUUGUAUUUGAACCAGUUUUUAGUUCAUAAAACUCAUUUUGCUUAUGACAGAACCUUACCCAAGACAAACUUGCUUACAGGUAUGCGUUCUCGAACAGCCUAUUGUUUAUAUUGUCCAUCUUAUUUAUCUGUAAAUUUCAAAGUGACAAAGACGAAUUGGUCUUUUUAAAAAUCAAUUAUUGAACGUGUACAUGAGCCAAUGACAUCAUAAUUAUAUCUCAUGAAGCGGGCUUCUCUUUAAUUUCAAUUUUUAAACACACUAUUUUAUAACUUUAUCUUAAAAAUUGGAUACUGCACAUUCAAGCCAAGCGUAUAUUGAAAGUUAGUUUAGCGUAACUAUCAUCUAGUAAUGUUACAGGUAUUUUCAGAACGUCUUUAUUUGCGGAUUUAGUUUACAGAAAAGCAAUUUUCGAAUGCUCGACUUAUCAAGUAUUAUUAUAACAAAAGACAUGAUGUAGAAAUCUAUUUUGAAAUCAGAAUGUAAACAAUUAUAAUGAUCAAAGAAUAUAAAUCCGGUAUCGAUUUUGUUCUCUAAUCAAAUAUGCGGAAUAUUAAUUGUAUUAAGUUCUAGU